AUGGCUACAGCGUCGUCCCUACUGUUGGCGGUGCUGAUUUAUUGUGUGCUUGUUACCCAAGUUGACAGCCAGUUCUGUCGAGAAGGAUGGCACUACUUUGGAGGAUCGUGCUACGGUUUUGGCGAGUCUCCGGCCGCCUGGGGAGCUGCUCAGGCGAUAUGUAAAGUCUACAACGGCAAACUGGCAGAAAUCGAAACUUCAGAAGAGAAUGAAUUCCUUAAAAAUCUGGCUAAGGGCAAACAAGCUGACAGAACCCUGUUGGGUGGGACAGACAUAUUUAGUGAAGGCAGCUGGGAGUGGUCUAGCAACGGGAACAGCCUCUACCCAUUGGUUGACUGGGCGCCUGGUGAGCCUAAUGACGAGAACUGUCUGAAUUUCUUCAAGGACACCAACUACCAAUGGAACGACAGUCCAUGCGACCAGGCCUCCUACUUCCUCUGUGAGACUCCUUGUAGUGACAACCCAAAUAACACACACAGUUUUGGGUGA